AUGGAAGAAACAAAGAAAACUGGUGUCCGGCUGCCCAGAGGUAGACAGAGGCCUAUAAAGACUGAAUGGAAUUCCCGGUGUGUCCUCUUUACCUACUUCCACGGGGACAUCAACAGCGUGGUGGAUGAGCACUUUUCCAGAGCCCUGAGAAAUAUCAAGAGACCCUGGGGACCGCAUUCCACAAGCCAGAGUGAAAAUGUGAUCCUGAGCAAUGAUAUUGACAUGCCACCGAAUCAGUGGCGUUUCUCGUCUCCAUGGUCAAAGCCACAUCUAGAGACAUCUCUUGCAAAUGGUGCCACGAACAGCAGCUUGAGUGUGUCUGGCCCUGUGAUGAUGGAUCAGUACCCAUUGGCUCUGCCUGAGGCCCGCUCUGCACCACCUGAGGGGCUAUGGCAUUUCCCCUCCCUAGCCAGCAUCCAUUCCCCAGAGCCUGGCUACUCACAAGCUUUCUCUAACAGGCACCUGGCUGCAGAGCCCCAACCUGAUAGGAGACAUGAUCCCCUCCUAAGUCUUCUCCAGGGUGAGACACACCUAAAGCGUCGUCAAGAUCGUGGCCAGGUGGAAGAGAACGGCACCAGCCAGAUUGCCGGAAGCUCAGGAUUGCUCCUCAGCGGGCCUUCCAGCAAUACUCCCCGUAAGGAGAUACAGAUACUUGGAGAACAGUGUCUGAUUGGUUGUGAUGGAGAGUGA